UAGAAAGGAGAACCUCAUUUCAAAUAGUCAUACCUCAUUUCUAAGCCAAGAGUACAAUAAUUUGACCUAGCUAGGAUGGCAAUACAUAUCCUAGGAAUGCUCCAAACCUUCCCCACAAUCUUUGUCAUCUGGACAGCUUUUACUAGAACGUCUAUAUCUCACCCAUUGGACGCUCUAAACCCUAACGAAAUCAACCAAACUAGCAUCAUCAUCCUCGGGUUACUCCCUAGCGCGACAUUUCAUUAUGUUGAUCUUGAAGAACCGGAGAAAGACGACGUGAUCAGCUUGUUAUCAUCAUCUUCCAAGCCCAAAUCUUUGUCCUACAGAAAAGCCCGGGCCGUGGUCCGGGCAAAUAAUGAGACUCGCGAGAUUGUUGUGGACUUGAUCGCGGGCUCCAUUGUCUCGAAUGAAGUGUAUGGUGGCCAUGGGUUUCCUCCGUUCACUGCCGAUGAAGUCGUUAAGGCCAGUAGGCUGACCUUGACUUAUCCCCAGUUUCAAGAAUCGAUCACGAAAAGGGGAUUGAAUAUUUCACAAGUCACCUGUAUUCCUGUCACAACAGGUUGGUAUGGAAAGAAUGGAGGUGGAAGAGUUCUGAAGAGUUCAUGUUAUUCACGGGGGGGAACCACAAAUUACUGGAGCAGGCCCAUCGCGGGGAUAACGGCGUUAGUAGACGUUGAAUCCAUGACAGUGGUCAACUACACAGACAGUGGAAUGUCAACAUUGCCCCCAUCCGAAAACACAGACUUGGAGUCAUCAAACGCCCAUGAUUCGCCCAUAACUUGUAAUGGAACCCAAUCAAACAUUCAAAUAAAUGAGAGUGUGGUCAAAUGGGCGAACUGGGAGUUCCACGUUUCGUUCAACGCUCGUUCGGGCUUAGUUAUAUCGACAGCUUCUGUGUUUGACUCUGCCAAACAGCGCUCUAGGCGUGUGCUCUACAGAGGGUUUGUGUCUGAGACAUUUGUUCCGUACAUGGACCCCACACCUGAGGAGUACUAUAAGACGUAUAUGGAUGUCGGUGAAUAUGGGUUUGGGGUCUCUGCCAGCUCUCUUGUUCCAUUGUUGGACUGUCCGGCUAAUGCUCAGUAUAUUGACGGCUACAUGGCUGGAACAGAUGGUCAACCAAUGCUUGUCCCUAGAGCUAUUUGUGUUUUUGAACGUUAUACUGGGCAAGUUUCUUGGAGACACACAAACGUUGGUAUCCGAGGAAAUGUGGUGACUAGCGGAGAGCAGGAAGUCAAUCUGGUAGCAAGAAUGGUGGCGACAGUUGGAAAUUACGAUUAUGUGCUUGAUUGGGAAUUCAAAAAAAGUGGUUCCAUCAAAAUUGGGGUAAGUCUAACCGGCGUCCUUCACUUGAAGGGUGUUGACGAAGCGACCAGUGAAACGUUAAAUGAGGAUGUCUAUGGAACCUUUGUCGCAGAAAACACAGUUGCAGGAAACCAUGACCAUUUUGUGACAUACUAUCUCGACUUAGACAUUGAUGGCAGCUCCAAUUCAUUUGUUAAAGCCAAACUGGAAUCUGUGAACGUGACAGAUCCUUCUGUUUCUCCUAGGAAGAGUUACUGGAAAGUGGUCAAGGAGACUGCUCUAACGGAAGCCGAUGCUCGGGUUCGGCUCGAGUCCGAGCCUGCCGAGUUGCUGAUUGUGAACCCGAACAACAAAACGAGGCUCGGAAACGAUGUCGGUUACAAGCUGAUUGCCGGACCGUCGGCUUAUUCUUUGCUCUCCGAUGACGAUUAUCCCCAGAUGCGAGCAUCCUAUACUAAGAACCAGGUGUGGGUGACUCCUUACAACACGUCUGAGAAGUGGGCUGGCGGAUUUUAUGCAGAUCAAAGCCAUGGUGAUGAUGGCUUAGCCAUUUGGAGCCAAAGGAAUAGAUCAAUUAAUAACACAGACAUAGUGUUGUGGUACACUGUGGGAUUCCAUCAUGUACCGGUCCAAGAAGAUUUCCCGGUGAUGCCGAUUGUCUCGGUUGGGUUUGAGCUAAGGCCCGUAAACUUCUUUGAAAGUAACCCAUUGCUCAUCAAAUAAAGUCAAGUCCUUAAUGAAUCAUGUUAUUAGCAUAUGGUUCCUAAAUUGUUUACAGAGUCUCACUUUUAUAAGUUAUUAUACUUAAUUGGGCGGGUUGCUGCCCAACUAGAUUUGUUAUUUGUAUGUUUCGAUGUGUUGGCUACUUGUAUUUGACUCGUAUAUAUGCUUUUUUCUUUUCUUUGUUAAGUUUUCUAACCAAUUAUAAUUUUUGUUCUAAUAUUAGACUCGUAUACUUGAUAUUUGUUGAGUUUUAUCUCUAUAUAGUUUUUGUAACAUUUAAAUUUAAACUAAUUGUUCAUCAC